AUUAGAAAAUUAAAUUUGUUUUAGAUAAUUUUUGUGUAAAAGUGAUAUAGGAAGUGUAAUAAAAGGACCUUCACACUGUAUUAGUUGACGCAAAGUUUGUAUGGCAGCAGUCAGAGGACGGGCUGGACUCUGGCCAAUCAGCGGUGGGCUGUGCCGGGUGUGGGCGGGAUUAUGAUGUUGGAUCUGACCAAUCAGCGGCAGGCUCUGUGUCUGAGCUCGGCAGCGGAGCUGAGCCGAGCAGCAGUCGGCUCGGACCGGAGCGGAAGGUGGAGAUAGCGGUUUCCUUUCGACGGAUCCUGUCGCGUUGUCACGGUUCUGAGGUUSCGAAUGGACCGUUAACCGGACCAGAAGAGAAGCUCGGCUCUGUUCUUCUUCAGAUGUGUGACUCUUUGUCGCCAUAAAGCGGAUAUUUGUUUCUUUUUACUGRAUUUUCUAGAAGAAGCCGCAGAAUGAAAUACAAAAACCUGAUGGCCAAGGCGUUGUACGACAACGUGCCAGAGUCCCCCGAGGAGCUGGCCUUCAGGAAGGGGGACAUCCUGACCGUCAUCGAGCAGAACACCGGGGGUCUGGAGGGCUGGUGGCUCUGCUCCCUGCACGGCCGGCAGGGCAUCGCCCCGGGGAACCGCCUGAAGCUGCUGAUCGGACCGGCCUUCGAGGCCCAGCCCUCCCCUGCAGCCGUCCCGUCUCCUCAGAGCUACCAGCAGAACCCCGGCCCGGCGGCCCCGGGCCCCUACCAGAACCAGCAAGACAUUUACCAGAUCCCCCCGAGGAGCACAGCCGCUGCUGAGAACACGCCCAGUAAGGUCUACUCGGUGCCACCCUGCAGGACCACCCCGACCCCCCAGGAGGGGACCUACGACUUCCCGCAGCCUCUGAGGCAGAAACAGGAAGGGAUCUACGAUGUCCCGCCCCCGGUCCUCAGACCGUCUCACAGCCCCCAGUCUGUAUAUGACGUCCCCCCCGGCGUCGAGUCUCCCGCUCAGCGCCUCCAGCCCGGUGGCAGCGAGGGGGUCUACGACGUCCCGCCCCCCGCCCUGCAGACCGGACCGGACCCUCAGGACGUGUACGACUUCCCACGGGGCGUGGCCCUCCAGCAGAGAAACCCUUCGGCAGACAGGAGCGAGGGGAUCUACGACGUCCCCCCUCAGGACGCUCGGGGCACGGUGGAUGCCACGGACGGCGUGAACCGCCUGUCCAUCUCCAGCACAGGCAGCUCACGCAGCAGCAUGUCCACGUCCUCGUCCUCGGCGGGCUCCGGCCCGGUUCUGGACGUGGAGGCGGCGCUGCAGAGGCUGCACCGCCUGCAGCAGGUGCUGGAGCUGACGGUGGCGGCGCUGCACGCCAUGGCCGCCUCCCCCCACUGGAGGACGUUUCCUUUCAUGGAGCGAAACGCCAACAGCGUCCGCUCGGUGCUGGACCGGGUCCGGACCGCGCUCGGGGACUUUGUGGCGUUCGGGAGAGGAGCGGUGUCCAACGCCACGUCCCUGUCGGACUCCAGUCUGCACGCUAAGCUGAGGAGGCAGCUGGGACGCCUGGAGGACUCCCAGCAGAUCCUCCUGCAGACCUACCAGGCCCUGGAGACCUGCAGCUGGGCCCUGAACGUCCUGACCCAGUCCAGGCAGCACCACAACAAGAGCGACGACCUGGACCGCUUCGUCAUGGUGUCCAGAACCGUCCCCGACGACGCCAAGCAGCUGACGGCCACCAUCAACGCCAGCGCCGASCUGCUGUUCAGGAGGACGGACGGGAGCACGCCCGAGGACAACCCGGCCCACCCGCUGGCCACGCCCCCUUCAGAGAACGACAACUACAGGGGUCUGACCAAGACCUUCCCCGGGUCCACCGGGUCCACCGGGUCCACCAGUCCGACCAGUCCGGACAAAGACAACAUGAACAACAGCGAGAAGUGCGUGAAGAGCUGGAUGGAAGACUACGACUACGUCCAUCUGCAGGGGAAAGAAGACUUUGAGCGUCAGCAGAAGGAGCUGCUGGAGAAAGAAAACAUCAUCAAGCAGAACCAGGUCCAGCUGGGCCAGGAACAGAUAAACCAGUUCAAGAAGCUGGAACAGGAAGUGAUCAAACCCGUGGAGAACGACGCCACGCAGUGGAUCAGCGCCCCGCCGUCRGACCCGUCCUCCGCCCACGUGAGCGCCCGGGACCGCCAGCUGCUGGUCUUCUACUCGGCGCAGUGCGAGCAGCACUUCGUCACGCUCCUCAGCGCCGUGGACGCCUUCUUCGGCUGCGUGGGGGCCGGCCAGCCCCCCCGCAUCUUCGUGGCCCACAGCAAGUUCGUCAUCCUCAGCGCCCACAAGCUGGUCUUCAUCGGGGACACGCUGUCCCGCCAGGCGUCCGCCCCCGAGCUGGCCAACAGCGUGAUGAACUCCAGCAACGUGCUCUGCGACCUGCUGAAGACCGUGGUGGGCGCCACCAAGAUGGCCGCCCUCAACUACCCCAACACCGGCGCCAUCCAGGACAUGGUGGACCGGGUCACGGAGCUGUCGCACCACGCCCGGCAGUUCAAGGAGCAGCUGCUGCACAUGUCCUCGCCCUGACCCGCUUCUGACCCGCUUCAGACCUGCAGAACCUCUGUACAUAAAACUGGACUGGAGCUGUGGUUCUGUUGGACUCUGUGGACGUUUUCCAGAACAUUCCCGUUGUGUUUGAAGCACCUUACCGUCUGUUUUUAUUGUCCUGUGAGCUGUAGAUGUUCUGUUUCCUCCUGUAAAUAAAGACUGUUCAGAACCAGAA